ACCUCCAGGGCCGCCAUACAGUCAUUCGCAUUCCUUUGUACGCAUGCGUGAGGCGGUUGCACUGAAUUGAUAAACUUAGCAGAAGCUAAAUUUUAAAAACAUGUCAGAGAAAGGAGAAGUGGACUUAACUGGUGCCAAGCAGAACACGGGCGUGUGGCUUGUAAAGGUGCCAAAAUAUCUCUCCCAGCAAUGGGCAAAAGCGACUGGCAGAGGGGAGGUCGGGAAACUCCGAAUAUGCAAGAAAGGAAACCAAGGGAAAGCAGAGGUGUCUUUCACUUUGAACGAAGAGCUGACUGUGAUUGAGGGUAUGGAAAAUAAGACGGUGUCUGCGCCUCGCGAGCACCCGUUCACCAUGCAGUCAGUCGGAGGUCAGACGUUGGCGGUCUUCACCGAGACUUCAUCAGGCCAGUCAGAAGAGAGAUCUGAUGGCAGCAGCUCAGGUUCUGGGGCGGGGGCAGGUCCAGAUAAAAUUGCCUUGGAGGGAGUGGUAGUGCAGAGAGCAGAGUGCAGACCUGCUGUUAGUGAAAGCUAUAUGAAGCUGAAGAGGUUACAAAUCGAAGAGUCCUCCAAGCCAGUCAGGCUGUCACAACAGUUGCAAAGUCCUGUCACCAACAACUACAAACCUGUGGCCAACCAUUCUUACAACCUCGAGUACGAGAGGAAAAAGAAGGAGGAGGGCAAGAGAGCAAGAGCGGACAAACAGCAAGUGUUGGACAUGUUGUUCUCUGCCUUUGAGAAACAUCAGUACUACAACAUCAAAGACCUGGUGGAUAUCACCAAACAGCCUGUGACAUACUUGAAGGAAAUCUUGCGCGAUAUCGGCAUCUACAACGUGAAGGGAACGCACAAGAACACAUGGGAGCUCAAACCAGAAUACCGACAUUACCAAGGCGAGGAAAAGACUGACGAAUAGUUUCUGACCCCCUCCCCUCUCUCAGCGCCGAUAUAUAUACCACCUUUUCAUUUGAUGAGGUGAUCCCUCCCAGACCAGGCCUUGGUUAGACCUUGGAGCUCUCCUGAUUUCCUUCCAUCAGGUCACAAAACAAACUGGCUCAUGAGGUCAAGCAAGGGUUGAGUUUUACAGGGAGAGGUUGAAUCUUCUUGUUUUGUAGGAGACAAGAAGAAGCGGCAUUAGGAAACAAAUUGAGGUUUUUAACGCUUAAGUGUGCACCGUCUCUUCCUGACAGCUCCAGCACACGUUUCUGAGGACAAACCUGCCUGUAUUUGAAUUAUUUGUUCUAUCCAUCAGAGGCACAGAACAUUAACACUCUGGUUCUUAGCAUUGACAUCUUUUAAUGUUUUGACAAGUACAUCCAGAGGCAAGGGCCUUUAUUAGAUAAACCUAAAAGGUGAGGAAGGAUGUGAAAAAGAUAAUAGCGCUUGCCACUAAAGUCAACAUGUGCUGGCUGAACUCUUUUUCUAGAUAUUUUAUAAUCAGACUUUUUGUGGAGCUUUUUUUAAAAACCAGUUUCUGCCAGUUUGACUUUCAGCCUCAACUUGUGUUGACAGAAUUCUGAAAACCAGCAGCAUGGCUGUAAUCAUUUCUAAAUUUGUGCUUCAGGUGUCUUUGUAUUUGCUCAUCUUCACUGUAAUUUUAAUUGUCUUUACACAAUAAAUGUUUGGUUAAAAAAAAA